UGUCGAAAUUAUUUGUCUUAGCCCAUGAUUUAUUUUUAUAAUUAUGAAUCCUAUUUUAUUUGUUGAAAUUAUUUGUCUUAGCCCAUGAGGACUGUCGACUCUGGUCGUGCAAGUUGCCUGUGAUCUGCCACAACAUUGUCGAGUGGCACCUCCCGGAUAGAUUUGUCCGACAAUUUAAUUGGGCGCAACCGAUUCCUCUCCCACCACCGGAUGUACAUAAGUCACUCUACAAGUGCAGCAAGGAUCUGCGAGGUACAAUCAGUGAUUGGCCAACCAAGCACCAUAAAUGGAUUGAAAUGUGGGAGUCUCGUCAGACGUAUGCAAUUGAUGGGAUCCCAAUGAAGAGGCCAAUGAGGUACCAAGAUGAAUACAUGGUUUGGUACCGCAAGUUCACAAAAAGAUGGGUAACCAAACGUGGCGCCGUGAUCGGUUUGUUGGUAAGCAUAAUAUCUAUUUACUAUAAUCACUUUAGCUACACAAAGAGUGUUUGACUAACAUGUUUAUUUAAGUUGAUGGGUUGGAACUUGCAUCAAUGACGUUGGAGAAUGAACCAGAACAAGAUGUGUCAGCUGAGAAAAUUUCAUUCUUGAAGAAGCUCUUCAAGAAUCUCUUGUCAUGUUCGCGGGAAAUUCGAAGGGAUGUCAUUGCAUAUCCUCCUGCACCUGCAUCGCCACGUCCUUCCUCCCACACCAUUGAAGUUGAAUCUCUCCCGCCAUCACCACCAAGGAGGAGUAAACGUCGGCAAGAACCAGUUACAGUCCCUGUGCAAGUACAAGAAGAUGUGGCACUUCCUGACCCAUACGAGUAUGGAUUCCCUCCAGUCAUAAGGGAAUUAGGAGAGGGAUCAUCAGGUCCUCUUCUUAAGGAGGAGGAGGAGCCUACUAUGCUUCAUCGUAUGGUCAUCAAUUCCAAAUCCCCCAGCAAAGCUUCCAGACUCCGAUGACAAAUGUUUAUUAUGGUCCUCCAGCCACUGCAACCCCACCUCCAUUGUCACGAAAUACUGGAAUUGGAUAUGGAGUUCGUUCAAGGAAUAGACGUCGAAGAGAAGGACGCGGACGUGGUGCACAAGAGUGAGGUGUUCUUUAGAGUUGUUAAGUUGUUCUAUUUCUUUAGAGUUGUUAAGUUGUUAUAUUUCUAAUGACGUUAAGUUGUUCUAUUUCUUUAGAGUUGUUAAAUUGUUCUAUUUCUAAUGAAGUUGUUAAAUUGUU